CUCUUGAGAUUCUAUCUAGACUGCCAAUCAAGCCUCUUGCCAUAUGUACUGUAGUGUGCAAGAAAUGGAGGGUACUUUCUUCACUUUCUACCGCGGCUUACUACUCUUGGGAUUAUAUGAUGGUACUUAUGAGGUGCACAAUGUCGCCACUAACCAAGUUUACACUGUGCCCAAGUCACCUAUUGUGACGCGAUAUGGUUCAAAAACCGAUUGUAGCCGGGCGGGUGCCAUUAUUAAACUUCGAUCUAAGAAUCGUGUUUGUCGUUUUCUUGUUGUGAGAUUUAGCCUUGAGUACCGCAAGUAUGAGGUAUACUAUUCAGAAGAUGGUACGUGGGUUGGAUUUGGGUUGGAAGGGUAUAACUUCAAUGCUGCUCAUAAGUUGCUUACGGAUAACUAUGCUGUCAUCCUUAUGGAAUCCAACAUAUAUAUAUAUUUAUUGACAAAUAGAAACCAUGGUGUAAGAUUUGCGAUCUUUGGACCUAAAACUAAUCACAAGAUAACAUAUCAUACAUUUUCCUUGCCAAAGCUUUUGAAUAGGAAACAUUUGAGCAAAAAAUUAUGGAUAUGUGACAAGACACUCCAUCUAUCCUAUUAUGAUAUUGGUACUCUCUGCAUUUGGAAAGCUGGGGAAGAAAUUCAAAGACGUGGUGCAACAUCAGCAAGCUGGGUAUGGAUUCGCAAGCUUGUGAUUACCAAUACCUUGGAGUUAAGUAUAUUGCCUUUCAUCAAGACAAAUGCUCAGAAAUACCUAGCUAAAGGUUUUGAUGUCGGUCAUAGUGUGGUGCCAGUCACUUGCCUUCGUGAUGCUCCCGUUAUCUUCCUUCUUGUCAACUCGACUACCAUUUAUGCAUAUAAUUAUGCGAUUGACUUGUUGGACAAAAUUGGUUACAUUAAAGAUUAUGAUAAUAUAUCUUGUGUCUCUAUAUUUGAGCCAUGUUUUAGCUCGUUCCCUACCCAUGGUAGUUGAGCGAUGUAAGCAGAUUUUUCGUUUUCUUGUUUUACUUUUGUGUGUAGAGUUAAGUCUUUUUUGACAUUAUAUUCUUUAAUUGAUCUAUUGUUACUUUUUUCUUAAAUUGUCCAUUUUAUCAUGGUUAUGUUAAGCCUUGUAUAGAAACCAAGUAAUAAAUAGAGGAGGGAAAGAGACCGAUUAUUUAACAAAAUCACCCAUUAAACUGUUGUUUCCCUUUCUUCUCCAAUCCACCCAAGGCCCAUGACUCUAACUUCGACAAAAAUGAAAUUGAACUCAUCUUCAAUUUGUUGAUUUAAAUGCAUUCAAAACCCUAAUCAACAUGAAUUUGGUGCUCCACUAACUUGAUUUGUGUAAAUUUUAGAAGAAAUUUGAGUAAUUGGUAAAGAAAAGAGCUGUAACAUCACAGCCACACUGCUACUACUCCUCACUACACGUGCUCCCACUCCUUGUUGCUUAUUUUAUUUGCCAAAAUGAGAUGUCACACUCUUCCUUUCUUAUCCAUUUCUUUCAUAAAGAUAGAUUAUAAUUGAUUUUGUAAUAAUUUAGUUGUUGCCUCUAUUGUUAUUGUUGUUGAUGUUGUUAUUGACAAUGAUGUCAGUGCUAUUUCAUGCAUUAUUGUUGUUGCCUGUUGGUGUGCUGUUAUCGCUGCUAUUGUGUUGUUAUUGUGGGCUCAUUUAUAGACAUAGGAAUGUAUAUUUAUGACAGGUUUAGUAUAUGAUUCAUAACAUUAUUGCUCAACUUGUGACCUGUAUUCAAAGAUUGGUUUAAGGAGAUGAGUUGUGAUGUAAAUGAGUAUAUAUACUCGUGUUUAGUGUAUAAUUUGUGGAAAUUACGUGAUUAUAGGUAGAUUUACAGAAUCACUAAGGUGGAAUAAUUGAUGCCAUAUAAUCCCUUAGUUUCGGCAUGUAACAUAUUCAAUCAUCCCUAUAUACUAGGAUUUAAAGCUCUCUACAACUAUGGUUUUUGAUCUUUUGAGGCUAUAUCAUUCCUCCGUAUCAUUCUUCCGUUCUUUUUUAUCUUCCCAUGUGCUUUUUAUUUGGUCAAACUUUAAAAAAACCUUGACCAUGUUAUGUAAAGUGUAAGUAGGAAGAUAAUUAAGCAUAAAGGGGUUAUGGAGGAGUAUUGGUUAUACAGUACUUAUUAAGGGCCGAAGUUCAUAGAUAUGCAUCCAAUACACGUGUAGAUUUAGGAUUAAGUAGAGGUACCCUUUACUUGGCACAAAUUGUUGAGAGGUUAUUUAGGGUAUUGGUUAUACAGUAUAUAGGGCCCGAAAUUCAUAGAUACUCAUUAAUAUCGUUACAUUUCAAUCUGUGAAAAAAGAAAGUAAAAAAGUUAUGUGCUGCUAAUUAGAAGUAAAUGAAAAUUAUUAAGGUAUAAGAGGGACAUGUAUAGUUGUACAAUCAAGUAAUCUCAUCAUAAUCUGUGAAAAUUGUGUUCCAUUUGUUUCUUUGAAUUGUUGGACUUGUGAUUCCUUUUAUACAUGUGGUCAAUUGAUUUUUCAUAUAGUUUUCAUUACACUAAUCAUUAUCUGUUAACAGUACCUUGCUCAUUUUUCAUAUUGCUGAGGCUCUUUUUUCUGUAUGUGUGCGCAUGCUUGAUUUUCGGACAAGGGCAUAUAAUGUAUUGCAGUCUGCGUGAUCAAAAUCAGCAUAAAUUAUUCAUGACUGCUGUAAUUUUUUAUUAAGAGAUCGUUGUUCAGGUUAGAUUUUUUUUUGCUGUCUGUCUAAGUGUCUACUGUCUAGUCUCAUAUUAUUGACUUGCACUGAAUCUCUUGUCUCCUGCCAUGGUGUUUAUUUUAUUUAUUUUUUUUUUUUUUUUGGGUAUACAUGGAAUACGUCUGAAAUGUUUACUUGAGCUUGAGCUUGAGUUGCAAAUAUGUUAUUCGAGUUUUGUCCCAUGAUGGCUUUGAUUAUACAUUAUAUACUUUCUUACUUCAGCUAGGUGCUAGGAGUAAUUGGCAGUUCAAAUAAUUUGUCCCGUGUUUUUUAGCCUUAUUCAUAAUUUUAUUUUGGUAGUAACACUAAAGUUAUAAUACUUAAAAA